AUGGCAGAGGAAGUCCCACCGGGCGACCCUCCUGUCGAGCAGGUCGUCGAUGAACCCGCCGACGAACCCGCCGACGCCACACCUCGUACCUACCUCGGCGUCGCUAUCGACUUCGCGCGCGCACUCUAUAAAAACUGCGUCCCGAAGAGAGCGAUAUUGACGCCCUUCGAGCAAGGCGUCAAGGCUUCGAGGUUGUUAAGACGCACUCGAAAAGACUUCGCCCGCUUCGACGCGGAUGGCUCGGGAGGAAUCGACCGCGAUGAACUGUGCGAUGUAUUAGAAAUUGACCGUCGAGGGACGACAUCCAGAGCGGUGCUCGAUUUCUUCGACGCGGACGGGGAUGGGAAGAUUAAUUUUGAAGAAUUUGUAUCGACGCUCGGGACGCUCGGCGCUGUGGUGGACAACAUGCGUCGAUGCAAAGAGAAUCGAAAGGAGAACAUCCCGCGCGAGGUGUGCUUUGUGUUCACCGUGAUGGAUUUCGACGGCGACGGGAGGGUCGAUCGCGGGGAUUUUGCGCAGUUGUUGUGGGAGUACGAGAGACGAAAGGAGCGCUCGUUCGGUCGGUUGAAGAGCGUGCCGGUGGCGAAUUUCUCCGCGAUCGAUUCGUCGCUCGAGGUCACGGCGACGGAGCGUUACAUUGCGGAUCAACGAGCGGAGCGACGAGAGUUCUUACGACCUGUGCGAGCGUUCGUUAAGAGCGCAACUCUGUACCUGUCACGGCAGUGCCCAGAGGCGAUGACGCUCCAAGAUGUGGAUAAAGUUUACACCGAGUUCAAGCCUCUCUUCGAGGCCACGAUUGCGCUUCAUAAACAACUUAGAAAUAUUUCUGAGCGCUGUGCCAAACUGAUUCGGACACUUUACAACGGCAUCGAUGACAUAGAAGAGUUACAUCGACAGAUGUGUGACAGGGCAAUUGCGAUGAGAGCAAAGAGGGAGGAAAACAAAGGCGACUGGGACUGGGCGAAAGGUCUACAACGCAGCAGCAAGCACACGAGCGCGAGGGAGGAGCACGUAAAGGAAGAGCGUCAAGUGUUAGCAGAGGUGGCGCAGAUAGGUAGAUUAUUGCGAGGGGAGAGGGUGGUAAAAUCAGGCACGGAGGAAGAACGAGAAUUUCUCAGCGCAUUUUCUUUCCGCAGGGAUGGAAGUGUUCACAGAGCGGAAUCAAGGCGCUUAAGAGGUCCGCGAGCGUCUGGAAGAGGGAGUAGCAGCAUAGAAACGGCGAGGAUGAGGGCACGCCAGUUGGCGCAUCAGCCGCCUCGCGAAGCUGCAAAGGUUCUGUCUGAGCUCGGUGUCACCGCUCAGAAGGAUGUGAUUCAUCGUCUUUCAAGAGAUAAUGCGGCGAAAAUCAUAGUAGAAAUGGGACAGCUGCAGCAGGAUGUAUUGCUAUGUCAUUUCAAGGAGCUGCAAGAGUCCGUGAUGAGGAUCAAAAUUGCGAGAGUAGAGGAUUUUGGGCGAUGA